AAUACUAAAAAAACUGUAGAAGAGACUAAGAGAGAUGUGGUGAUGCAUAUAAAACUCUUCUAUUACCUAAGUAACUGUCUUUGAGCAAUAAUAAUGGCGAGUCAUCUUCCUCUGUACGAGAAAAUAUAUGUAAAGCGCAGGUUUCAGAGAGUGAUGGACACUUUGAUGUUACUUCUCCUCCUCUUGCUCCUCACCUACCGUUUCUUCUCUCUACUUGACAGCUUCACCGUGCCAUGGUUCCUUGCUUUCUCGUGCGAGUCUUGGUUCACUUUCACUUGGAUUGUGAUCCUCAACUGCAAAUGGAGCCCCGCAUAUACCAUUACCCACCUUCACCGUCUCCUUCAACACUAUCAGCAGCAAGAUGAGCUUCCAGCAGUGGACUUGUUUGUGGCAACUGCAGAUCCAGUUCUUGAGCCACCAAUCAUCACAGCUAACACUGUUCUAUCACUAUUGGCGCUUGAUUACCCUUCCAACAAGCUAGCUUGCUAUGUUUCCGAUGAUGGUUGCUCCCCUCUUACCUUCUAUGCCCUUGUUGAGGCCUCAAAAUUUGCAAAGCUUUGGGUACCCUUUUGCAAGAAGUACAAUCUCCAACUUAGAGCACCCUUCAGGUUCUUCUCUACUAGUGAUUCCAACCUUAUUAGUACUGAACAAGACUCACUUGAGUUCAAACAAGAACGCUCAAAAAUGCAGGAUAUGUAUGACAAUUUUAGCCGAAAAAUUGAAGAUGUGACGGCAAAGGCAAUUCCAUUCCCACUUGAUGGAGAAUAUGCUUCUUUCUUGAACACUGACCGAAGAAAUCAUCCAAGCAUAGUUAAGGUUAUAUUGGAGAACGAGGAAGGAGUUCGUGAAGGGUUGCCUCACUUAAUCUAUGUGUCUAGAGAGAAAAGGCCACAACAUCCACACGAAUACAAAGCAGGAGCUAUGAACGUGUUGACAAGAGUGUCCGGGUUGAUGAGCAAUGCUCCAUUUAUGUUGAACGUGGACUGUGACAUGGUGGUGAACAAUUCAAAGGUUGUUCAACACGCCAUGUGCAUCUUGAUGGACCCUCAUAAAGGAAAAGAAAUAGCUUAUGUUCAGUGUUUCCAGCAGUUUUAUGAUGGAAUCAAAGAUGACCCUUUUGGAAAUCAGUGGGUGUCUGCCUUUGAGUACAUAAUAAGGGGCAUGGCAGGGCUCCAAGGACCUUUCUAUGCAGGAACAAACACUUUCCAUAGAAGAAGUGCUAUGUACGGUCUUUACCCUCAUGAAAUUGAAACUGGUAGAAAUAAAGAGAAACUAGCAGAAAGUGUAUUGAUCAAACAAUUUGGAAGUUCAAAUGAGUUUGUGAAAUCAGUAGCUAGUGCUUUGGAAGGGAAUUCAUAUUCUCCUAAUGAUGAUAGAAGUCCUUCCAAUUUCAUUAAGGAAGCAACUAAAGUUUCUGAUUGUAAAUAUGAACAUGACACUAGCUGGGGCAGUGAGAUGGGGUGGCUAUAUGGAUCAAUAUCAGAGGAUGUGCCAACAGGGAUCAAUAUCUUGAAAAAAGGUUGGAGAGCAGAAUCAUGCACUCCAGAACCAACACCAUUCACAGGAUGUGCUCCAGGAGGGUUGCUCUCUACAAUAGUACAGCAAAAGAGAUGGGCCUCGGGCCUCACUGUUGUGUUCUUUGGCAAGAACUCUCCUCUUAUGGGCUGUCUCUUUGGUAAGCUCCAAUUCAGGGCGGGCCUGGCUUAUUGCUGGCUUACCAACUGGGGCUUGCGCUCUGUCUAUCUAGUCUGCUAUGCUGCACUCCCUCCUUAUUGCUUAAUCACCAACACCAAUUUCUUGCCUAAGGGUGAAGGGCUAAUGAUUCCUGUUGCAGUAUUUGUGAUAUACUACUUGUACAGCCUAAUAGAGUACGUUACCAUUGGGGUGUCAUUAAGAGAAUGGUGGAACAACCAGAGAAUGACCAUAAUCACAACCAGUACUGCAUGGUUCAUUGGUUUCUUGAGUGCCAUGGUGAAGCUCUUAGGGAUAUCCGACACAGUGUUUGAAAUAACACAGAAGGAACAUCCUAGUAAGACUUCUGGUGGUAAUAAUAAUAACAACGACGAAGAAAAAGAAGAAGACGCAGGUAGGUUCACCUUUGAGGAUUCAGCAGUUUUUGUGACAGGAACAACAAUUUUGAUAGUCCAAGUGACAGCAUUGUUGAUAAAGUUUAUGGGGUUGCAACCACCAGCAGCAGGUGAUGAUGAGAGUGGCAAUGGGGCAGGUGAAUUGGUGUGUAGCAUGCUGUUGGUAGUGUGUUUCUGGCCAUAUCUGAAAGGGUUGUUUCAAAGAGGGAAAUAUGGGAUUCCAUUUUCCACAUUGUGUAAAUCAGCACUUCUUUCAUUUGCCUUUGUGCAAUUCUCAAGAUAUACCAUUAAUGCUGCUUGAUUAAUAGUACA